GAGAUUGCCUCAUCAAAGGAUUGGUCUGGCGAGCUCUAGCGUACCCAUACUCUCUGCGCUGGACUCAAAGCAAAUCUAUCGCCACUCGUGUAUACCGCUUUCAGAAGCUUCUACAUCGACAGCAGGCUGAAAGCGCUCUCUGAUAUCUGCUCUCACUAUAAGCUUAGAGAAGAGCCGAUACUGAUUGGGCUUCAUCCUGCUUCUUGUGACACGGUGCGUCCUCGCUCGCACGUGCAAUAGCGCGUCAAAUUUGAGUUUGAUGUCAUGUUAAACCACAGCCUGCUAACACCAAUCUUGUCUCAUCCACCAGCAUUGAACUGCCCGACUCCAAGAGCCGAGCACAGCAUGCCAUGCCGCGCUGUAUACAAUUGAUGAACCUGAGGACCAAUGUGCACAAAAUGGUGGUUCAACACGACGCAGCCUCAUUCGUGUCAAUGUAAGUUGGUGCCCCAUCGCGGCCCAUCACAACGUCUUGGAAUCGGUGCUGAUACUGUGUUUCCGCUGCCGCGCUUAGUAACGACGCUUCAGAGCUCAGAUGUGCUGCUUCUCUUGCUCUCAGUCUACACUUCUGGGGGGUUUGGUCGGCCCAUUCCUUGCAUUAGUGCCAUACUGGUAUGCCUGACCCCACGCGGAUGGAGACGUUGCUUUUUUCAGGGCGAGCGACAUUGCUUUCCUUGCGGAGCUCAUUACCGCAGCUGUCGAAGGCGCGCUCUUGCUAGCGGAGGUCUCCAGUCGCCAAGUUUUUAGGCGUCGACCUUCGCUGUCUCACGAAUGUUCGGCGUUCACGCUUGCCGACGCUUUUACCACGCGGAGGCUGAACCGACUCGGACUUGCGAGGCACAUCCACAGUCAUUUGAGCCGGUAGCAUACUCGUUCAGAGGCCCAACGAACAGCUUUGUCCCACCAAAGAGAGGGUGCGUGGGGCGGGCUGCGACACAGCGAGUGUGAAACAGGGAUGCCGCGGCAUGAAUGGGUGGAAGUGCGAGGCGCUAU